GGGCGUGGCCUCGCACGGGAAGCGCUGACGCUACGAAAACGAAAGUGAAAGCGUCCUUAGUCCCCCGACGCCGCUAUGAAAUCCGGCUGGGCGGCUCGGAAGCGGCGGCCGCGGGCCGAAGAGGGCGACGCGGCCGCCAAGAAGGUCUGCGGGCCCGGCGCCGGGAUGGUCAAUUUUUGUCCACAAUGUGGACAGAAAGUCGAGGAAAUGUUUCACUUCUGUCCGGCUUGCGGAGGGCGGCUUCCGGUUCAAGAAGACGAGCCAAUGCAGAUCACUCCCUCUCCUUCUCUGAAAGAAUUAAACCAGGGCAUCCAGGUUGAGCUGCCGCCACUGCCUGACAAGAAAAAGGUGCAGAUCGUUUUUCCGAAAAAGGAAAUGUCUUCGACCUCUUUUAAAGUUUCUCCCCAGAGCUCAACGACAUCCAUUUCUCCAAAGGCAAAAGGAAAGACGGCUUUCCGAUCACCCAGGAAGGAAAGAUGUCCUUGCGUAAAACCUCUCCCGGAGCGUGAAAUCUUGACAGACCUCAACAAUAAAGAGUGGAUGAUUUGGAAGCUUCUGAGCCAGUCGGAUCGUGGGCUGAUCUAUGAAGCAAGGUUAACAUCUGAACGCUCACCAAAGCACAAGUACACCCUCAAACUGGAUGCCAAAGAGGGAAAGCUUUUUAACGAACAGAACUUUCUACAACGAGCUGCCAAGAAAGUCACAGUGGAGAAAUGGAAGAAGCAACAUUUAAUGCCGUUCCUGGGGAUACCUGAAUGUGUUGGUUUUGGCGUCCAUGAGAAUAGCUACAGGUUCCUGGUCUUUCCCGAAUUGGGUCGAUCUCUUCAGUCAAUCCUGGACGACAACAAAAACAAGAUGACGGAGAAAGCUGUUAUGCAGCUUGCAGUCAGGCUGCUUGAUGUCCUGGAGUACCUUCAUGAAAACGAAUAUACUCACGGGGAUCUGUCUGCUGAAAACAUCUAUGUGAAUCCGUCUGAUCUUACUGUGGUUACUUUAGCAGAUUUCAGCUUCGCCUUUCGAUACAGCCCUGGGGGGAAACACGUGCCUCAGCGGGACUGCAGUCGGACCCCUCACGAAGGCACCUUGGAAUUCAUCAGUCUGGACAGCCACAGGGGAGCUGCUCCGUCCCGUCGAAGUGACCUUGAAUCCUUGGGUUACUGCCUGGUGAAAUGGCUCUGCGGUGCCCUGCCUUGGUCUGCAGAGCUGACAGAUCCCUGCGAUGUGACAGAGGAAAAAGAGAGGUGCAAAGCGGAUAUUAUCAAAAGUUCAAGACUGUCCUCUGGUUGGGGAACCUUACCAGCUUUCAGAAAGCUGAAUAUGAAGAGAAAUGAAGAACAAGAAGGAAGUCAAGAGUCGAACUCACUGGAAUAUCUACACAUUGGAACUGUUGGCAACAUUGAUUGUGUGUGUGUUUGCUUUUUAUCUCCGAUUUUUAAUAGAGAGGGAAAGUGGUUUUCUUGGAAGUGUUUGUUAGGAUUUUGCUGUGACCUAUUGCAAGCUAAAGAGUUAUCCAGGGGCAUAAUUUAAUUUAAUGCAUUCUAGCAAAUCUUUCUUUGAUAAAUGAUUACUUGCACAUAAAUUAUAAAGGACCUUUCUUUAUCAAGUGUCCAAAUAUUCAACCUGAACCUUUAAAAAAAAAGGAGGGGAGGGGAGAAGGAUUGUAAAUAUUUUAAUUUUGUUUUUAAUCUUGCUUUUAGUGUCUUAAAAGUUUGUUUUAUUCUACCGCAUAAAUAUUUUAUUAUUAUAUCCCUCGCUUGUCAGGCAGAAGGACUGAGAAAAAGUUUUUAAUCUUUUAAAUCUGUGCUUGGUUGAUUUUGUAGUAAAAUGUUGUACGGUGAGGUCCAAGUUUGUUUUGUGUGAUCUUUGCAAUGGCAGAAAAAUCCAGCAAUGUUGAGCUCCUUUUGUAGGGAACAUUUGAGAUCAGCUCCUGGUCUUUGUGGGAGAUCAUUACAUUUUCCCCUGCUUUGGUCCAUAAUUAUUAUAAAUCAAUUUAUAUUAGAACAGAUUCUCACCAACAGUU